AUGGCGACGCUUGCAAUUGACAAGAACGCCUCGAGUGCCAUUGACGAGAAUGAAUUCGACGACGAGCAUGGCGAGCAUCACCCUCACAGAAAUUCAGUCCACCACAGGCUGCGAGCAAGCAGCUCCAUCAUGCAACUGAAGAAGCUCCUGGUCGCCAACCGAGGAGAAAUCCCCAUCAGAAUCUUCCGUACCGCCCACGAGCUGUCGCUGCACACAGUCGCAGUCUACAGUCAUGAGGACCGCCUCAGCAUGCACAGGCAGAAGGCCGAUGAGGCUUACGAGAUUGGGCAGCGCGGGCAGUACACACCCGUUGGUGCUUACCUCGCCGGCGACGAGAUCAUCAAGAUCGCGGUCGAGCACAACGUCAACAUGAUCCACCCUGGUUAUGGAUUCCUGUCAGAGAAUGCCGAGUUUGCUCGGGCUGUUGAGAAGGCUGGUCUGAUCGUAAGACCCUCGCCCGAUACCAUUGACGCACUCGGCGACAAAGUCUCUGCGAGACGGUUGGCUAUCAAGUGCAAUGUCCCCGUUGUGCCGGGAACACCAGAUCCCGUCGAGAAGUACGAGGAUGUCAAGAACUUCACCGACGAGUUCGGCUUCCCGAUCAUCAUCAAGGCCGCUUUCGGCGGUGGUGGUCGUGGCAUGCGUGUAGUGCGUAAGCAGGAAGAGCUCGAGGACUCGUUCAAGCGAGCAACAUCAGAAGCGAAGUCGGCUUUCGGCAACGGCACCGUCUUCGUCGAGCGUUUCCUUGACAAGCCCAAGCACAUUGAGGUCCAGCUUCUCGGUGACAACCUCGGCAAUGUCGUUCACUUGUACGAGCGUGACUGCUCCGUACAGCGUCGUCACCAGAAGGUCGUUGAGAUUGCCCCUGCUAAGGAUCUGCCAAUUGAGACCCGCGAUGCUAUCCUGGCUGAUGCAGUCAGGCUGGCUCAGUCAGUCAAGUAUCGCAACGCCGGUACUGCUGAGUUCUUGGUCGACCAGCAGAACAGGUAUUACUUCAUCGAAAUCAACCCUCGUAUCCAGGUCGAGCACACCAUUACCGAGGAAAUCACUGGUAUCGAUAUUGUCGCAGCUCAGAUUCAGAUCGCUGCUGGUGCAUCUCUUGAGCAGCUCGGUCUGACCCAGGACCACAUCUCCACACGUGGUUUCGCCUUCCAGUGCCGUAUCACCACAGAAGACCCCUCCCAGGCGUUCGCUCCGGACACUGGUAAGAUUGAGGUCUACCGUUCCGCUGGCGGUAACGGUGUCCGUCUCGAUGGAGGCAACGGCUUUGCAGGUGCUAUCAUCACUCCUCACUACGACUCCAUGUUGGUCAAGUGCACAUGCCGUGGUUCUACAUAUGAGAUCGCCCGCCGAAAGAUGCUUCGUGCACUGGUCGAGUUCCGAAUCCGUGGUGUCAAGACCAACAUUCCUUUCUUGAUCAAGCUUCUCACACACCCUACUUUCGUCGAAGGCCAGUGCUGGACAACCUUCAUCGACGACACACCCGCGCUCUUCGACCUCAUCGGCUCCCAGAACCGUGCUCAGAAGCUGCUUGCGUACCUUGGUGACCUCGCUGUCAACGGCAGCCAGAUCAAGGGCCAGAUCGGAGAGCCCAAGUUCAAGGGCGAGAUCCCCAUUCCCGUUCUUACUGACAAGAAUGGCAACAAGAUCGACACCUCUAAGCCAUGCGAGAAGGGUUGGAGGAACAUCCUCCUCAAGGAGGGUCCUGAGGGCUUCGCGAAGGCUGUCCGUCAGAACAAGGGCUGCCUCAUCAUGGACACCACAUGGCGUGAUGCCCAUCAGUCGCUCCUCGCCACCCGUGUGCGAACCGUAGACCUGCUCAACAUUGCCAAGGAGACCAGCCACGCUUACUCCAACGCUUGGGCUCUGGAGUGCUGGGGUGGUGCUACUUUCGAUGUCGCCAUGCGCUUCCUUUACGAGGAUCCUUGGGACCGCCUGAGGAAGAUGCGCAAGCUUGUACCCAACAUUCCCUUCCAGAUGCUUCUUCGUGGAGCUAACGGUGUUGCGUACUCUUCCCUCCCCGACAAUGCCAUUUACCACUUCUGUGAGCAGGCCAAGAAGAACGGUGUCGACAUUUUCCGUGUCUUCGAUGCUCUUAACGAUGUUGAGCAGCUCGAAGUUGGUAUCAAGGCUGUUCUCAAGGCUGGUGGUGUUGCUGAGGGUACCGUCUGCUACUCUGGUGAUAUGCUCAACCCCAAGAAGAAGUACAACCUCGAGUACUACCUCAACGUUGUCGAGAAGAUUGUCGGCAUGGGUGCUCACAUCCUUGGUAUCAAGGACAUGGCUGGUGUACUCAAGCCUCGCGCUGCUCGUCUGCUCAUCGGUGCUAUCCGUGAGAAGUACCCUGAUCUUCCCAUCCACGUCCACACGCACGACUCCGCCGGUACCGGUGUUGCCUCCAUGGUCGCUUGCGCUGAGGCUGGUGCUGAUGGUGUUGAUGCUGCCAUUGACAGCAUGUCUGGCAUGACUUCGCAGCCCAGCAUUGGUGCUAUCCUCGCCUCUCUCGAGGGCACCGACUGCGAUGCUGGCCUCGAUGCCUACGCCAUCCGCAGCCUUGACGCAUACUGGGCUCAGCUCCGUCUUGUCUACUCGCCCUUCGAGGCUGGUCUUACCGGUCCUGACCCUGAGGUUUACGAGCACGAGAUCCCCGGUGGUCAGCUCACCAACCUCAUCUUCCAGGCCUCGCAGCAAGGUCUCGGUGAGCAGUGGGCUCAGACGAAGAAGGCAUACGAGCAGGCCAACGACUUGCUCGGCGACAUUGUCAAGGUCACACCUACCUCCAAGGUCGUUGGUGACUUGGCUCAGUUCAUGGUCUCCAACAAGCUUUCCUACGACGAUGUGCUCAACAAGGCUGAGCAGCUCGACUUCCCAUCCUCGGUCCUAGAGUUCUUCGAGGGUCUGAUGGGCCAGCCGUACGGCGGCUUCCCUGAGCCUCUCCGCUCGCAAGCUCUCCGUGAGCGCAGGAAGAUGGACAAGCGCCCUGGUCUGUACCUCGACCCCGUCGACAUUGCCAAGGUCAAGUCCGACCUCAAGGGCAAGUGGGGUGAUGCUACCGAGUGCGACGUCGCAUCCUCCAUCAUGUACCCCAAGGUCUUCGAGGACUACAAGAAAUGGACCACAAAGUACGGCGAUCUGUCCGUCCUGCCCACACGCUACUUCUUGUCGCGUCCUGAGAUCGGCGAGGAGUUCCAUGUCGAGCUUGAGAAGGGUAAGGUGCUCAUCCUUAAGCUCCUUGCUGUUGGACCUCUGUCCGAGCAGACUGGUCUGCGUGAGGUCUUCUACGAGAUGAACGGAGAGACCCGUACUGUCACUGUUGAGGACCAGCACGCUGCCAUCGAGAACGUCUCGAGGCCCAAGGCCGACCCCACGGACAGCAGCCAGGUCGGUGCACCAAUGUCUGGUGUGCUUGUUGAGGUCCGUGUCCACGAUGGCAGCGAGGUCAAGAAGGGUGACCCUGUUGCUAUUCUCAGCGCCAUGAAGAUGGUAAGUCUAUCUUUUCUCCAUGCAUACUUUGAACAAGAAAUGGUCAUCUCCGCACCUCACUCCGGUAAGGUCGGCAACCUGUCUGUCCGCGAGGGCGACUCUGUUGACUCUGGCGACCUUGUCUGCAAGCUCGUCAGGUAA